AUGCAAUCCAUUAUCUUGCCUGUAGGAGUCUUGAAAACUUUGGAUCGCUUAAUAAGGAGCUUUUUAUGGGGUAGCUCUACUGGGACGAAGAAGGUCCAGCUUGUGAACUGGGAUACUGUGACAUUAAGCAAAGAUAAUGAAGGUCUUGGACUGAAGAAACUUGAGCAAAUGAAUCAUGCUUUUAUGGCCAAACUCGGCUGGAGAAUCCUGCAAAAUGAAAAUUGCUUAUGGAUUCGCUUGCUCAAGGCCAAAUAUUCUAUUUCUUCUGAUGAUUUUGACACUUGGCAGCCUAAGAAGAAUAUGUCACCACUCUGGAAAGGCAUCCUCAGAUCAAGAUACAUCCUUCGCAAAGGCAUUAAGAGGAUUGUCAGGAAUGGGAAAGAUACCCUUUUUUUGUUAGAUACUUGGCUGGCAGAUUUUCUCCUUAAAGAAGUAAUUUCCGACCCUCUCCCCUGCCUGAGCUGUACAAGAAUGUGGCAAGCUAUUGGGAUGAAACGUUUGGUUGGAAAUGGGAGGAAUUGGAUCAGGUUCUGCCCAGCAUCUUCCUAG